AUGCCGGGUCGAACGGUGCGAUAUUGAGCAUAGACGAUGCAGCCCGAACGGCAGUGGUGUCGCUGGAGGAGGCUAGCAAGAGCAGAGAGACGUUUGGAUUGGAUGAGCUGAGGGCCAAGCAGCCUCGCAAUAGAGGUGCAAUGUGCUUUGCUUUGGCUAGCCCAAACGAGGGCACCAGGGUGACGGUGCAGAGCAUCGAUGGAGACGACGUCAUGGCUACGGCCCAUGCCACUGGCCAACAGAUUUUUGCGCCUGCCAGUACAUUUGCUCUCGCUGCUUGA